UGGUGUGAACAGGCUCCACAAGUACAGAAGUCUCCACAAAUACAGAAACGCUGCUCUCUACAGACAGGUUCCAGUGUUACAGACAGGCUCUACAACCAGGCUCCACUGUUAGAAGUACCAUGAAAGUGUGUUGGGUGUCCAAGUACUAUCGACGUGGCGUCGUAGCAGUCAUUUGCCUUGGUAUUAUCCUGAUGACCUUCACAAAGACUUCACCGUGGUCAAGGUCGCAAUUACAGAAUGAUCUGGGUCCUGAAUUAGAGGCACAGCGAAAGCAGGCAUUCAAACAGAUUUCGACACCUACAUCAACGACAUUCAAACAGAUUCCGACAGCUACAUCAACGAUGACGACAACAACACUAAAACAAUGCCGCGAUGAUUUUCAAGAAAUAUUUGAGAAAGAGAAACGGUAUAUAUGUUUUGACAUACCGGGCAGAUUGGGGAAUUUCAUGUUUGCAUACGCCUCGGUGUAUGGAAUGGCGACAAAGGUCAACAAGUCAGUGGUGACCAAAACGAACAACUUUCUGAAGUACUUCCGGAUAAAAGCCAAGGUUGUCAAUGACUUUUGUGUUUGUGAAACAGCCAAAUUUGUCUACGAGGACAAACAUUGUCAGUUUAGCAAAGAUUUGCUGAAUUUGACCGAGAAAAUAAAUUAUCGGCCUUUCCGGUAUUUUCAGUCGUGGAUGUACUUCCGGCAUGUCGCAGACGACAUCCGCCAACAGUUCAGGUUCAAGGACGAACUGCGUGAGAAAGCCGUCAGCAUUAUAAAGGGUUCUCGAGAAGCAUUUGUAAAACAACAAAGAGGCAGGGGCCAUGACAACGUAACGACUGUCGGCCUGCACGUGCGCAGAGGGGAUAUCACCAACAACAGGCACUAUGUUGAGUACGGAUAUAUGGUAGCUCCCCCGCAGUACUUCUCCACGGCAAUGACGUAUUACAGAAACAAAUACAACACAACAUUGUUCCUGGUAUGCUCGGACGACAUUGCAUGGUGUAAAGAAAACAUAAACGGAAGUGACGUCAUGUUCAUGGAAGAUAAUCCAUUCGAAGUAGAUCUCGCUGUAUUAACCCAAUGUAAUCAUUCCAUAAUGUCGGUGGGAACAUUCGGUUGGUGGGCCUCGUUCCUGGCAGGAGGCGAGACAAUCUACUAUAAACAUCCAGCCAGAGACGGAAGCAAGUUAAGAAUGCAGUUUUCAAAGGAUUACUCAGACUUCUUCUACCCCGGAUGGAUUGGUAUGGAGUGAUGGACCACAAUA